CAAGACGCCCAAUGGAAUAGUGACUCAGAACUAUUGAAAAACUGUGAGAUCAGGUGGCUGCGUUUCUUCCAGCUGGUGGAGAAGCAAUGCCAAGAACAAAUAGUUGCCCAGCAAAAAGUGUUCUAUCAUCAAAUCCAUGUAAGUAUUUUUGUUUGUUUGACUGUUUUAAAUUGAAGCAGUUUCUCAUUAGUGUGAGGUUGGUGUCAUUACAGAGGCAAAGACAGCUGUUAGUGAUGUGAAUGCUUCUUCCUGUGCUUUCCUAGUACAUAAGAUGCAUGGCAUGUCCUAAGCUGGCAGAGAUGUGUGUGCACAGGUACAGUUAAAAAUGUUUAUAAAUGAAACAGCUUUGUGUACAAGGACAUACACUCCUGUCAGCCUAGGAUACUAUUUCAUACACCUGUUGAAAUUAUCUCUCUCUUUGAAAGUUUUUAUUGCAAUACAUUUGCUGGUGUCUUGAAGUUAGUCAGCCUGAUUUUUGCACCGUAGAAAGUUUUGCCCCUAUUCUUGCUUUCUGGUGCAUGGGGUUAGCAGUCAAUUUUUUGCAACCAUUUUUCUCUCCACUGUGAAGCACAGUUCUUCACUUUUUCAUUGCUUCUGAUUUUUUUUGCCCUUAAGCUAGGAGGAAGUGUGAGCCCCACCUGGUGCACUAUUUAGGCUAAUACAUGAAGCAUUUGAUGGCUGUCUUCUGGACCAUAAUUGUGAUCCCGUUUUAACUGCUUAACUGUACAUAGUUUUAGGUGUCAGCAGAUUUGUAUGUUUGUGUGUAUGCACUCGUCCGUGUGUGCGGUAGAGAAGUGAAUAACUCAUUCAUUUUGGUGUACUAUAAAGAGUGCUUGGUAGCAUAGCCUUGACUUUUUUAAAGAAGGAAAGUGAUAAUGUGCUUUUGAAUUUGCAGUAUUCUGAGAGACCAAAUGCAUGGUUUUGCCACCAUGUGGUAUAUAGAAAGGAAUAUUUUGUCCUUUACAGUCCUGAAUUAAAUUUUCUCAUCUUGCUAUCCCAUAAUUGCAGGGCAUCAGGAGUACAGAUCUAGAAUAGCUGAGUAGGAUGAACUGACUCUUUAACAUCAGAAUAAGAAUUCAACUAAAUGCCUUUUGGAGAGGUCCUGUUCAAGAGCAGUGUAACCAACAGCUCCUGAAACAAAUAACAAUGAGGCAUCUACGAUCAUGUGUUGCUAUGGAGAGGCCUGAUUGUUCACUGAAAGGUGCUUGCUGGGGUUGCUGGUUUUCAAAACUAACCCGGUGGAAGCGCCGCUGAUGCACAAAGUUUGCCUGAUCAACACUUGGCAUUUCUUAUGCAGAUUCAUUAAAGUUGUUGUGUGUAAUUCUGAAAAGCGUUGGUCACACCUGGACAGCAUUUCUUAGGAUGAGAGAAUGGUUCUGUAUUUUGAGUUUUCUGGAAGAUAGAAAUGUUCUCAUUAUUCGUGGCCUUACAUGUGGUUACAUGUGACAAUCAUGCUAUAUAUUAGUCAGACUGAAAACUUAAUGUUUGUAUUUGGCUAAUUCCCAUGAAGAUGUUUGAUCAUUGUUUUUAACCUCAUAUUAAAAUUGAACAUUAUUUGCUAGGUCUGGUCCAGAAAUGUUUUAAAAGAUGAGCAGCUUCACUUCUUAUAAGCAUUCUAUUUUGAAGAAUAAAUGCAACCAUAACUAUACCUGGUGUGGAAUAUGCUUAAUUAAAGUUGAUGGGUCUUAAUUCCGAGUUUAGAGACACAAUACACAUAUACCAAUCAUUGGUUCUGAGCAAACCAGUGGUUUCGUUAAACAAGUAAUUCCAAUUGGAGGCUUGUAGCUGCUAUUUGUCUGCUUGGGGAGGCAGAGGUAGCUGGGAUGCAGCUGGGGGGAAAGGGGUUGAGAUUGGGAAUAAGAAUUGUGGAUAUUUUAAGUACUAUACAUGGAUUUUGAGGCAGGCUAGCAGGAAAAGCAAAUUAGGAGUGGUUAGUGGCUUUGUGUCUCCAGAAUUGCCUGUGGAUGUGCUAUAUCACUGGAAAAGCUGGCUUCUAUGGCUUUAAAACUUUACUACUUUUAUUUAUUAGGUCAACUUUGCAGGGUGAGUGACAAUUAUUUCUGGACAUGAAGGUUUCCUUGUUUCAUUUAAAGUUGUAUGGGAUGGACUCUCCCACCCUCCAUUUUCUUCUUGUACUUAACCUUUAAUAUAGUCUUAACCAAGCAACACUGAAUGUGUACACGCAUGUGUUUUAAUGGCAAAAGUGGAACAACUCUGGGUGUUCAUUUGUAUCCCAUAACACAUUUCUGCAUGUUAUGUCUGUAGCUUGGUCUUGUGGAAGUUAAGGUUAAAAUAACCCUUGUGUGCAAUUUCCACAAUGAUUUCCAAUUUUUAUUUUAAAUCACUUUUUUUGUAGUGCAUACAGAAUGAAAUCAAACACUUGAUGAAGCUGCAAAGCCAGAAUGUGUGUUCGUGCAAGAAACAAACAUCUCAGGUCAAAUUUGUGAACAGUUUCUCUUCAUUAGAAAGUCAAAUGGGGUUGCAGUCUGAAACCUUUGAAGAAAAUGAGCUCUUUACCAGUCAUCUCAAAACCAGUGAUCAUGAGAGUCAUCUGGAAGCUUCGGCCAUGCCUCCGGAGUGCCUCACAAAUAGUGUUUCAAUGAGCAGUGGCUAUGGCACAUGUUCUGCCGCAGAACUGAGUCCUAGCAAAUGUAAAGACAUUCAGAUCUGCAUGGAAGACCCAGAGGAGAUUACCAAAGGAAAGGAAGGUGCAACACCAGUGCUGGAAGGUCUAGUUACAGCCAGUAUUCAAAACACAAGAGAAUAUACACGAACAGCUGUAGAACAUUGUCCAUCACUGAAAAAAGAUGAUAAAGGUUUUUCUGAUGAAUUUGAGCGUAAGAUCGGUGAAGGUCAUUGUGGAAAAACAAACUGUAAAUCUUUAACAUCAUGGGCUCAAAAGUUAAAGCAAAACCAGCUGAAAAGAACAAAUGUGGAGGAAGGGGAUGUGCAUUCUGUGCAAGUAAAAGAGCACUCACAGACUGUAACAUUGGAGAAUACUAAUCCUACUGCAGCUGUUCCAUCAUCAUCUUACACUUUUUACCUCAAUGAACAAAACGGAAGCCAAAUUUCUUUCAGUUCUGGUACUUCAGGAUUGACAUACUGGAAACUAGAUGAGCAGGAAACGUACCAUACUUUGCCUGAGAAUUUCAGAAAUGAAUUUAGUGCAUUUGCUACAAAGAUGUCCUCGGACCAGUUGUCUUCUGGUGAUGAGAUGAAGUCAUCAUCCUUAAAGGAAAUUUAUCAUAAGAAACAAAGGGAAUGUAAACAGCUUGUAGACUGGAACCUUUCCCCCUCACAAUCAACUCACCCUCCUGAGAUCCUGACCCUCGACCCAACAUUGCACAUGAAACCUGGCCAACAGAAUCCAGGACUGCCUCCUCACUCCUUCUAUGGGACACCUGACAGGAUUUUGUUUUCUCCAGACUCUAUGGCAGAUCCUCCUUUUUCCAUGCAUUCAGACUCAGAUUCAUUGUCCCACAUGAGCACAGUAACAUCACCUCUGUCUCCUGGGCCUCCAAAAUACACUUUGAGUACAACAGCUUUGCACAGUGACCCCUGGAAUACUUGCAUGUUCCAGAAUGAAACUAACGCCAGCAGUUCUUGUCGUCCAAGCAAUGAGUUCUUAAACACUGAAGAGGACGACAAUUUGACACUCACGCCAUCUUCAGCUGCCCACUCCCAGCUUCCGUCUGCCGAUAAUAGUUUGCCGGAAUACAAUAUUUCAGUGACAUGCAUGGAAGAUCCUGUGGUAUUCUCCAAGAUUAGGCAGAAUUUGAGAGAAAAGCAUGCCCGGCAUAUUGCUGAUCUACGAGCUUAUUAUGAUUCAGAAAUUCAAAGCCUAAAACAGCAGCUGGAGGCAAGCCAUAAACCUCAUGCAGAAGACUUCAAGAAGAUCAAUCAAAAUCUUACUGACAGAUGUGACCACUUACAGGCAGCAUUGGAUAAAGCUAAUAAUCGCAUGAGAGCGCUUGAAGAUAAAAAUAGCACUCUGGAAGCAGAAGUGACAGACUGGAAAGAGCGCUUCUGUACUGUCAGCAAUACCACCAAGGCCUUGCAGGAACGUAUUGAAGAAAUGCGCACCAGUGGUAAAGAGAAAGAUAACACCAUCAGCCGCUUGAAGAGGAGGCUUAAAGAUCUAGAAGAAGCAUUUGAAAAAGCCUACAAGCUCUCAGAUAAUAAAGAUGCCAAGUUAAAGGAAGAAAAUAAAAUGUUCCAAAAUCUUUUAGGAGAAUAUGAAUCCCUUGGGAAGGAGCAUGAAAGAGUAAAGGAUACCUUAAACAUCACUGAGAACAAAUUGUUGGAUGCACAAACUCAGAUUUCUGAUUUGAAAAGAACUGUCUCAAAACUUGAAGCUCAGAUCAAUCAGCUAGAACAUGAAAACUUGCUCAAAUUUCGUCAUUUUGCAGACAGUCACUUCAGAACAUCCUAUGCCAAAAGCAAGCUAGCAAGCUCUGAUGUGAGCAGAAGGAAAUGGUUGAUACCAGGAUCAGAGUAUUCAAUCUUCACAGGCCAGCCAUUAGAAGCCCAAGAAAGCUCCAAAGAUAAUCGUUUGGAAGAAACAUACACUUCUUGCAGAUACCAUACACCUCCAGAAAAGGAUGCAUCCCCAGAUCCGUCGCUGACAAGUGAAAUUUCAAAAAAAGAAAUCCAAGUCCCAGAAACGCCCAUCAUAAAAGCCUUUAAAGAACUUGAAGGAAGGAAGACAUUGAAAAACUGGGCCACUCAGACAGAGAAAGAGGAAGCAGCUGCUCCUACAAAAGCAACCACUCGACGUCCCACUGUUGGAUUUGAUGAAACAGCUCUCAGUGCCAGCCGGUCCCCAGAGAAAGGCAAAGACCAACUCAGACACAAAAGAUACAGCUCACCUAAUGGUCAGAGGUCCUCAUCUCUUCCACCUUCAAACAGGAAGUCAAACACUCCAACUAGGAGAGAGAUAAUGCUGACUCCUGUUGCUGUGACUUACAGCCCAAAGCGGUCUCCAAAAGAGAACCUGUCUCCAGGAUUUAGCCACUUGCUUAGCAAAACUGAGAACAUGGUGACAAGAUUUGAUAUUCUGCUUGAUGAAUUGGAAACUGCUCCCACGCCUACAUUGCAAUACAGCAAUCCAAGGAAAAGGCUCCAGUUUCGCUCAGUAGGUGAUACUGAAGAACUGGAGCAUGUUGGCCCUGGCAAAGGCAGCCAUGCAAAGCCUUCGUCUUCCACAGAUUCUUUGCAUGCUGGAGCAAAGAUAGGUAUGACAGGGCGAACUUGGGAAGAAGAGAGCUCUGUGCAUACAAGCCUAUCUUCAGCAGCACCAGCACCUUAUGAGACGGAGUUCAAAUACAUGUCAAGGAUUAAGACAUUGACUGAAACAGAGAGACUCUUUGAUGAGCUCACACAUGAAAAGCAGCAGAUUGAGUCCCAGCUGAGUCGAAUACCGUGUGCUGGAGGGAGAAUGACUCUGCAGGCAAGACUAAAUCAGGAAGCCUUGGAAGAUCGCUUGGAAAGGGUGAAUAGAGAAUUGGGCUCAGUCCGCAUGAUCCUGAAGAGAUUUCAUGUUUUACGUACCUCUGCAAAUAUUUGAGAUGUCUCUGUUUAAAUUUAGAUAUCCUUUUGUUUGCACUAAAAGUAUAAUAAUAAUGCACUCUGAAAAUGCAAAUCAUUUUGUAUCUUUUGUAAGCCCUGUGCAGCAGUUUUGCAAUCAUGUUACCCUUUACACACUAUUUUGUAUUGAGCCACAUAUAUUUUAAAACCUAUUUUUGUUACACCUGAAGGAAUCAAUCUGUCAAUUCUGUAUUUUGCUACUUUUGAAGAAGUGUUAGUUUUUUUGAAACCCUGAACAUGAAUUGUUUAUAAGAACAGGCGCAGCUUAUUUUCAAAAUGUGAUUUUGUGGUGCACCAGGCUCAGUUUUCAUAGAGCUUGUAGCAGCCUGUCUUGCAAAGUAGGUUACAAUGAAGUAUUGAAUUUUUAUUUAUGCUAAACAUGACACACACAGAGCUUCUUGUUGUGAAGUGAAUGCUACACCAACGCUACACACCUUGUAGUUCAGAAAUUGCAUAUCCUUUCUUCAACUUCUUGCUGAAUUGCAGCAUAGUAUUUUCCACAGCUGCACAAGUCCAGUUUGCAAUUGUCAGUUUAAAUAACAGUAUGCACAGCAAGGGGUUUUAGAAAGGCAAAAAUAAUGUUUCUCUUUUUUUAAAAGAGUUUUUAUUUUGCAUGUUUUGUCACUGAAAUAUUAAAUAAAACUGAAUUGUCUAAAAUGAAGUUGUCUG